AUGGGUGAAUUUCUUUCAGAGCCAAUUGAAGAUAAAAACACUACUGAAGGAAAAUAUACUUCUGAAUAUAUCAGUAAAAACUUGCAUCUUAAUAUUUUCAAAAAAAUUAACGAAAUUGGUGAAGAAAAUAUUGAAGAAGCUAUAAAGGAUGCUUUUAUGCAAACAGAUAAUGUUUGGAAAGAUGAGAGUUCAAAUUUGUGCCUGAUAAAAAUGACCCUUUCAAAUUCACGUGCUGUUAUGAGCGUUGGCGGUUUAGCAAUACCCUUAUCUGUUGAUCAUAAACCUAACCUUGAUAGAGAAUCUCAAAGAAAGAUAGAAGAUACGAAGAUUAUAAUGUAUCCCGUGCUUUUGGUGACUUUAAAGCGUGUAAGAAUAAUCCUGGAAAUUAAAAUAAAUAAAGAUCUGAGUAAAGCUUAUGAAAAUUUAAUGAAUAAGUGUUUACAUGAACUUGAUAGCAGUGAUAAUAUGAUAAGCUUUUUACAUGGUUUGGAGAAGGAAAAAUGGAUGGAAAGAAUUAGUUCUAGAUGUGUAGAAGAAAAUUACUUAACAUUAGACCAGUUAAUAACUAGGAUUAACUAUGCUGUAUAA